AUGCAUUGGUACGUGGAUCAGGAGGCGCCUGAUCGUAUGCCGCCAAUUUCUGCUAACGAAGUUGAGCUGGUCGUAUCGGAUUUUAGGGGCAAGGUUAUCGAGCCUCUUUCGCGGUUGUUAAAAGAAGGGGACCCCAAUGAAGAGAUACGAAGGCUGCAAAAUUUGACCGUCUUUUCGGAAUGGAAGGACAUUCCGAACUUCAGGUUCCGGAUUAUGUUUUUUCCUGUCUCUCCGCAGCCGGAAGGCGAUUCGGGGAUUCAGGAAUAUCACAUAUCCGCGUAUGUCGAGGGCACUGCGAAGGACGACUGGCCUGAGAAUUGGGUGUGUUACAGCACCCGUUUCUGCGUGAUUGUCCUAAAUCACAAGGAUGUGCACUUGUCUGUAUACAAGGCGGACAGCUUCAAUUUUUCGAGUUCAGAGGCCGACCGCGGGUGGCAGGGUAUUCUUACCCACACACAGUUGGUCGAUGGCGGCUUUCUGAACGAAAACGGUGACCUGGUGCUGCGCGCAGGGGUAUACCCUAUUGGUGCUGAGGUCAAUCGCGCUGCGCGUGAACAUGGGUAUGACUGCCGGAAGGCUACUGGCUUCGUUGGGUUGCAGAACCACGGGGCGACGUGCUACAUGAAUGCGCUGCUCCAAAGUUUGUACAGCAUCACCAAAUUCCGCAAAGCGGUCUACAGCCUCAACUUCCGUGUUGACGAGAUGAUCGGAGAGCAGUCGUAUGAGAUUAUGAAGCGACUGCAGAGCGAAAUGCGUGAUUGCCACCCCAGCGAGGUCCAAUCCAACAAUGGGUACAAGAACUCCAAACGUAAGUCUCACGAGCACAGCGAAUUUAAUAAUGAAGAUAACGAGGGCUCCGCGGAUAACAGUGACUUGUUCGUUGACAGCAAUAUGGAUGAGCGUGAUUGCCGUGCCAUUUUGAUGGAAGAAGAGGAAGAGCAGAAGAAGGUCCCCAGCGUGGGCUUGGCGCUGCAAAAUCUUUUUUACAAGCUGCGCUACGCACAGCAUGCGCCUCCUUGCAAGGAGCUGAUGCGUUCUUUUGGCUGGGACUCCUCGGACAUGUUUACGCAGCAGGAUUCGCACGAGCUUUUGAAGCUGCUGCUUGACAAAAUGGAGGAGCAAAUGAAGGGCACACCUGUGGAGGGUUCCGUCAAGCAGAUGUUCGAAGGUGAGAUGGAAACUUACAUUGAGUGCAUCGACAUCGAUUACAAGUCGUCUCGCAUGGAAACCUUUGAGGACAUUCAGCUUGACAUUCAGGGUUGUUCCGAUAUUUACGACUCGUUAAAGAAGUUGACGGAGGCGGAGAUUCUCAGUGGCGACAACAUGUACGAGGCUGAGGGUCACGGUAAACAGCGUGCCCGCAAAGGCAUCCGUUUCCUGAAAUUCCCGCCCGUUUGCGUUUUCUUGCUGAAGAGGUUCACUUUCGACCUGCAGCGCAUGGACACUGUGAAGCUGAACGACCGUUUUGAGUUCUACAAGGAGAUUGACCUAUCUCCCUUCUGCCCUACCGGCGGUCAGUAUGUGCUUCAGGCCGUGUCCGUGCACCACGGGUCGAUUAACAGCGGCCACUACUACGCCUUUGCGGCGUCGGACAAAAGGCAAUGGCAUCGUUUCGACGAUGAGAAUGUGGCCAAGGUCAGCGAGUACGCGGUGAUCGGUGACAACUUCGGCGGCGAGGAACCAGACUGCUACAAUUACUGUUCAGCAGAAAACGAGUCGUCACCCCGUCCCUCUCGGCGAACCAAGAAUUACAACGCGUACAUCCUUAUAUACGUCUUGAAAAGUGCGGCUGGGGACAUCCUCGGCGACUGCGACCCCGUGAGCGAGGGGUACAGCAUGAUCACCCGAUGUUGUAUGCAGGAUCGUCUUGCUGCGAUGCGCCACCGCGUGCGUGAACGUCUGAGUCAGUCCAUCAAGGUCAAGGUUUUCGAAAAAUCGGAUUUCGAGGGCCUUAAGUUUAUGGACCAGCCUUUUAUGGGCUGGCUGGGCGGCAAGGUUAUUACGUUCGAUCGCUCCACCGUGCUCUCUGAAGCCCUGAAGCGCAUUGGGAACAUGUUUGCCAAACCAGAUACGGAUGUGUAUGCCGGGCCGGAGAACUUCCAUGUAAUGGGUAUAAACAGGAGCACCCAUCGUUUCUGCUGCCUUGCUGAAGUUCGUGGUCAUCAGGAGGUCUCCGACGACACGUUGCAAUCGAUUGUUUCUCAGAUUCGCCACGACGUUUUCCAGGUGUACGACCCUACGCUGUAUAUUCUCUACGUCCCCCGGCCUAUGCACUGUGCGUCAAUUCAGUCUUCGAGCUUGUUCUUCAUUAAGUACUUCGACAUUUUCUCGGAAAACCCGGAUGGAGAACGGCUGAUAUGCAUCGAUGUGGUCUACCUCUCACCGGAAGGUACGAUCCUGCAGGUUGCAGGACCGGCUUUGUGCAAGUUGGCGCGCUUCAUGACCGAAGGCCUGAUCACGCCAUACCAUGUGAGCGCUAUUGAACGUUGCGUUUCCAGGAUUGGAUCCGUGGACAUGAGUAGCAAAUCAGUUCGGGAAAUGGACGCCAUAUUAAACCAAAUACUUCACGAGGAGUCCUUGCACCUGAAUUGGUACGUCGAGCAGUCCGGCCUGUAUGAGGCGGUUGCGCUGAACAAGACACUGAAGGAGCAGCACCUGGGAAAUGGCGACUUGCUGGUUUUCAACUUCCGUCCUACCGAAUCUAUGCGCCGUUUGGUGGAGGAGAUAGAUACGAAAUUCACGCUGAAAGAGGACUUCGUUGAAACUCGCCCAGUUCUGGAGGGGGCCCUUUCGGGACCCCUGUUCCACGUGUCUGCUGACUACCUGCAAAGUGGCGAGGCCCCUGGCGCCAGUAUCAGCCCUCACACGAUCGCAUUCAGGGACAUGAGAGCGCGUUGGGAAUCGUUCGCUGCGACUGAGAUUUUGAAGUACCAGAGCGUGAACAUGUUUCCCAUCUACGACUUCCCGAGCUUUAUCGAUUGGCGCCUGAACGUCGUGACGAUAACGUUCGAGCUGUACAACCCUUUUGAGCAGUUGGGUGCGUGGGUGAAUUGUUGUGGCUCCAUAGUCAAGGCUGUGGGAAGUGUAGACGAUCCGUCGCCAAAGUCCUUCGAAGAGUCGCCCAAGGUAGCAGGGCCUUUGAAGACCGUGCAGUUCACGCUUGACCUCAGGGUACCUUGCAAACAUGCUCUUCGAUAUGUCUGCUGGUCCAUGGGUGUUGACCCCGCGCACGUGUUAUUUUAUGCCCACCAACCACACAAGUUGGAGUCUAUUUGGAUGCGCCCGGCGUCGAUCGACGACUUCUGCCACCGCGAUGGCUCACUCGGUUUCGUCCAGAAGCCCUUGUCUAAUCUGUUCACCGCUUUGGGGAAGGCCGUGAGACACGACAACGCCAACAGGGAUGCGGUGAUGAGGUCAGGCAGCAUAAACAGCAAUGCGCAAUGCAGUGACCACAGCGUUGACAGCGCAUGCCAAACGGAUAUAAGCGCUGCAAGCGGCACUGGAAAUGCAAAUGGCAUCGGCAACGUUCUCGCACUUCCAAACCGCACCAUAUCGGGCAGCGAUACUGGCAUUCUCGACUCUGGUCGCGACACCGGCCGUGAAGAAAUGAUGGGGGGAGUGCCGUUGGCUAAUUCACUUAAUAGCCGCUUUGAGGGCGGUAGCAACAAGCCUAACGUCAUUUACAUGGCAGUCUUUCCCCAGUGUUACAGCGACUUGACGGUGAAGUGUGAUGGAGUGUCGCUGAACUUUGUAGUCCAGGUUUUCAACCGUCGCGUAGAGUGUACAGGAGUGUGCAUGGGCAAGGCUCCGGCAGGCAUCACUGUUGGGGAGGUCUGCGACAUGGUUGUUCGCAUCGCAAAUCUAGGGCCGAAUGUCAGAAUGCGCAUGGUCGAGUGCUUGUCUGAUUCGUUCGUGGUUGUCGAGCCAUCGGGACUCAUGCGGGACCUUCCGCAUUACGUCAACACCAACAUCCGCAACAUCCUCGCUGCGCCAAUAAGGGUAGAGCCUGACUGGUCUUACGAGGAGCAGGAGAGCCUUAAAAACGGCGAACGUGUGCUGCUGACGGUCAUGCAUCAGACCCCUGACCACGAGACCUUUGGCCACCCGUUCCAGGUUCUGGUACAUCCCCGUUGGACGUUGGGUGAGAUCAAGGGCGCCAUAAGGGAGAAGCUGUGUCUGCCCAAGCGCGAGUGGGAUCGCUGGUCUUUCUUCCAGCAGAUGGAUGGUUACAACCGCGCGUGGAAGGCCAAUGACGAUUGCCUCGACUGGGACAAGAGCUCAGACAUAAAGCUGCUCGCGGAACACCCCAAGCCCUACGAUAAGUCCCGCAGCUUCAGUGCGAUGCGUAUUGCGUGA